UCCAUGCGACUCAAAAGUCUCUACUCCAUCGUUUGUGACUUCUUCAGGAUUUGUCUGGCAAUUUGUUGUCGUCGUACAGUAUGAUUUCUUCUGGAUCUUUUCGAAUCGUCUUCGCCUUCCUCAUUCUACUGCCUCUUGUUUCUGCGUCUACUUGCUACUGGCCCGACGGUAGCGAUGCGGAUUCUGCUUAUGUAGCAUGCAACUCAACUGCGUCGACUUCAGCGUGUUGCUCAGCAAAUGAUGCGUGCACUACUUUUGGAUGGUGUUUGGGAGCUUCUGGGAUGACCUACAGAGGAGGAUGCACAGAUCAAAAUUGGAAUUCUCCCGCCUGCAUGACUUCGUAUUGCCAGGGCGUAAAGGAUGACUAUCAAUUUCUCAUGAAUUGCAACUCGGGAAAUUACGUCGCGGGUGAAACCCUUCUAUGGUGUUGUUCGACCAAUUCUGCAGGUUCCUGCUGCAGUAACAACUUCUCACUUCCAUUUUCCGUUGAGAAUGGUCUCACUGGUCGUGCUUUCAUGUCCGACCUUGAACAGUCUGCCGUCACUGUCACUAAGACCGCUUCGGCAGCUACCGGGACUGGAAGCCCUACAUCGUCAGUUGCAAGUCAGAGCGCCAGCCAGAGUAGCAGCCAGAAUGCCACUUUGAGUGCCAAAAGUAGCAGUUCGGGAGUCUCUACCGGUGCUAUUGCUGGGGCGUCCGUUGGUUGUGCUAUUGGAGGAGCCCUGUUGGGUGCAGCAAUAGCCUCCUUGCUCUUGAGACGCCGGAGAUCCUCAUCGCCAACCGAACUACCUGCAGAGAACAAUGGUGCUUACCCGUACGAUGCUCCAAAGAAUCCAUAUCCAGGAACGCCUUCUAGUGCCACUUUCACUCCUGAUCAGAAUAACUACACACCUGUUACGCAACAAUAUCAUCCUCAGCCGGUAGUGCCAAUGCAGGAGGCACCUACUCACGCCCCGAAUUAUGAGCUCGAUGGGCAGCACCACUGAGGUUAAAGGGCAAUUCUACUUGUGUUUAAAUGACAAUCCUCAAAAGCUGCCUGUUUUGAUACUGCACCUGCAGGCUGAGUAUGGAG